AUGAUGGCAUCGACUGAAGAGUCCGGCGAUUCAAAUAAGUGUCACUUCUUCGUGAAGAAGAGCCGAUCCAACCGUCAGAUGCGACAGAAUGUGAGACACGACUCGUCUUCGGGCGAAGAGGAGGACAACGAGUCUGCGGUUGUGGUGAAUACGAGCCGUCGGGCGGACAGAAACCCAUUGAUUCAGUCGACCGUUUCGUUCAAUAAACUCAAGAAACGGAAAGUGGUUUCGGAGACCAACGACGACAACGACUCCAACGACGACUCCUUAACCGUCACCUAUCGGUCCAACAGAAGCGCGCAAAGAGAUGGCCCGCAAGACAUGGGCGCCACUGCCGGCGUCCAGACGGAGACCGAGAAGUCGAUGGACGCCCAGAGCAUCUUCGAGCGGGCGAUGGAAGUGAACAAAACACUGAAAGGCAAAGAAGACGAUCACAUCUAUAGAGGACUCAAUAAUUCGGUUCAAUACAAGACGAAGAAAGACACGCCUCAGGGGAACGCCUCGUCCGGACACAACCGCAACGGACCCGUCAGAGCGCCAGAGAAUAUCCGGUCAACGACGAAGAAAGACACGCCUCAGGGGAACGCCUCGUCCGGACACAACCGCAACGGACCCGUCAGAGCGCCAGAGAAUAUCCGCUCAACGGUUCGGUGGGACUAUCAGCCGGACCUCUGCAAAGACUAUAAGGAGACCGGCUUUUGCGGGUUCGGCGACUCGUGUAUAUUCCUUCACGACAGGAGCGACUAUAAGGCCGGCUGGCAGUUGGAGAUGGACUCGCAGAACAAAGACAUCGAUGACGACCCCGACAAGUAUCUGAUCCAAGAGGACGACGACCUGCCCUUCAAGUGUCUGUUGUGUCGCCAGACUUUCGUGGAUCCAGUGGUCACCAAAUGUAAGCAUUACUUCUGCGAGAAGUGUGCACUCAAUCACUUUAAAAAGACCAGCCGUUGCUAUGUCUGCAUGAAUCCAACCAAUGGUGUCUUCAACAUCGCUAAAGACAUCAUUAAGAAGUUCAGUGCACUUCAAAACGCCACAGACAUCGACAUCACCCCAGAGAUCAAUAAUGAACAGCAUUCACAAGAAACGCAUGAUUCAGACUCUGAUUCUGACUCUGAAUAA